AUGGUGCAACAAUUAAGUUUGUUUAGUGCUAUUGAUGACCCAUCAUACGAUCUUUUCAUUUCCACCAUAAAGACGAUAUCCGGAAACCCUCCAGUAUUAUUCGCUAAUGUUAAUACCAUUUGGAACCUGAAUCCUGAUAAUGAAGUUCAACAAAUUAACAAAAAAAACCAAUUGGUUGAACCUAACAGAAUAAAACUAUCGACUAAUGUGCCGUUAGAUAUUCUCGCCGAUUCUGAUUCUUCUGAUAGUCAGAGCCGAGCUCCAAGACAGCUAGAUUAUACCCUUAUGAAACAUUUACAAACAGAUGCUUUACCGGUUAUUGAAGGAGAACUGAAAUCUUUAUUGAAAAAUAGUGGCAUUAACCUUACAUCUGAUUCUGAUAUGAACGUCGACUCAGAUGUCAAACAAUCUAAUAAUAACAACCAAGCAUGGUCUUUAAGUAUGUCUGAUAUUCCUGCCGCCGGUACUAGUAAAAAAGUCUCAAUUCAACUAAUAUCAGAGUCUUCCAUUUUAUUUACUGAUUCAAAUGCAUCCUCAUUAACCGCGUUUAUGAAUGGUCUCGGUUACAUUCUAGAUUAUUCUUAUAUAACAGUGGGUUCAAAGUUCUUUUUCCCUGAUAACCUAAUAUUAGACGCUUAUAAAAUAUGGAAUUUUGAUUCUGACAAAUCCACGCAAUUAACCAAAGGUGGCUUGCUCUUGAAAGCUUAUAUUAAUGUUAGUAAAAAUACAGACAUUGAACGUAUAAAUCAAGCAGAGAAAUCGCUACUUUUGUUACAGAAGGAACUACAAGGCUUUGUUGAAUUUUCAAUACCUGAUAGACAAUCAAUGGAUUCAAGAUCAGAAGCUCCUGAUAUUAUAUAA